AUGGAUUUAUCAGUGGCAGCGUCUGGAGGAGAUGAUCUAGAUGCGUCGUUUGCCAAAGGUCUUUUAGUAUUCGAAACGCUAUUCCGUUUUCCUAAACCAGUGAUUGCACGUAUCAAUGGUCCCUGUCUUGGAGGUGGCGUGGGAUUAGUCUUCACAACCGAUAUACGUGUAGCCCACCAAGACGUGUAUUUUGCUCUCACCGAAGUCAAACGCGGUAUCAUUCCAGCCAUUAUCUCUCAGUACAUCGUGCCUGAAUUGGGUUCGCACAAGACAAAAGAGUACAUGUUGACGGGUCGAAGAGUCAACACGCAGGAAGCUGUCCCCUUUCUCAGUAGCGUAGCAAGUACAUCCGAACAGUUGGAGGAACAGGUUAAGAUGUACAGCGAUAUGUUGCUAGAAUCCGCACCGGGUGCUAUGGCGGAUAUUAAACAGCUUGUUGAGACCAUCAGUAGUGGUGCUGAGACCCAAAGAGGCGUCAGAAUACAGGAGGACGUUAAAAAGGCCUAUCUCAACAUGAUGCAAUCGGAAGAAGCUGCCUAUGGUAUCAUGUCCUUUAUGACAAAAAAGAAACCGGAUUGGUCGAAUUUUGCAAGAGACAAUGCUCAUUCAAAAUUAUGA